UUUUUUGGCCUUUUUAUAACAAUAUAUUAAGAAAUCUUGAGAGAUAUUCAACGAAUCUCGUAGUAUACAGGUUAAUGAAUAUUUUGUAUGGAGAUUUAAUUUUGGAAGAGAUUUUCAUCUGUUAUGUAGAGGGUUCGUUAUGUAAAGUGAUCGUUAUAUAGAGGCUUUACUGUAUUUAGAUGGUGCAUUGACCUGGUUUGACGAGAUGAGGAUCAGCUUGUUUGAUAGUUAAUUUGCCAUCCUUUUUGCAUUGUGCUUGAGACUGUGCUACAGCAUCUCUUGAAAUCAAGGACUAAAGAGGCUUGAGCCAUCAAUAUUUUGAAGUCUGUCACGUCCAAAGAAUUAAGAUGGUGCUUCGCGAAGAUGACACUUCACUCAUUCCUGGCAUGUUCGAUAACGCAGUGGGUGGAAAUGUACUGCAAAUCCAAGCUUUUAUGAAUGAGUUUAUCACAAAAAUCCUGAAGGAGGCCAAUUACAACGCCAAGGUGGUGUGGACCUUGCCAAUGAGAGAAGAUGUCGUGGAACGUAUCCGACACUUUGAGAUACUACGGGAUGGCUUUGUGCUUGCAUAUGGGGCGGUGUCAGAGAAAGAGACAAUUGAUGACAUGAAAGCCAUAGAAGCUCGCCGGCUAAACGAGGAAGUUCUUCGCCCUCAACAUCGUCCUGGUGGAUAUAUUUCUGUGACUGCAAAGUCUGACUCAGGUUUGAAAGUCGAGUUUGCUAUAGUCCAUCGUGAUGAGGGAGAUUCUCCCGAGAUCAAACCCGCGCUGGUCAAUUCAGAGAAGAGCACUGUGGAGUUGGAUUACAAUGAGCCUCUUGCUGGCCCUGAGGCAGUCUUCCGGGCUUUCCUUCACGAAUGCAUCAUCUUCCUUCCUAUUGCUGAAAUUCAGUGACCACAAUGAAGCUUGAUGUUGAGACUCUCAUGUUAGAUGUUCUUUUUAAUGACCUUAAUUCUCUUCUUAUAUCAGUUAAUUGAUAUUGCCACCUUCCUUCUCUACAUGUUCACCUCUAGUUUUUGUUUUACACCCGGUUACUGAUACAAAUUCAGCCACUAAUAGGAGAG